AUGAUAUUCACAGAGAAAAACAAAGCAUUACUUAUCCUUGGUGGCAAAAUUUAUUCAAGACUACCGUCCCUCGAUGCUCAGUACGAGAAAACAUCAUCAAUAAAGAAUGGAAACAUUCCACAAUCCUCUCUACCUCACGUUCACUCAAGAUACGAAAACAUUAAGGUAGUUUUAAUGGACUAUGACAAUACAAAAAAAAAAAAAAAAAAAAAAAAAAAAAAAAAACUAGUUUUGGGAACCAAAACUAUGAAUCUUUUACUUACUUCAUCAAUUCGCCCUGACAAUAAUGAACAUCCAAUCAUUAGUGCAUCUAGCUCUAAUGGAUUUAUUCCCAGCAGAGACACACGAAUUUUUGUGGACAGGCACAAGCUUCAAGAUAUAAAAACUUUGAUACAAAGAACAGCUCCACUUAACGAAAUUAAAUUACAGUAG